GGGUGCUUGGCAAAGGAGAUUUCAGGCACCUCAUUAAGUGGCGGCUGCGCAUGGUCAAGUACCUGGAGGAGCUCAAGGCACUGGAACGUGGGAGCGACGAAGAGGUUGAUGAGGAGGAGGGGGACGCGGCGGAGGUGCCCAUGACGGAAGAAGAGAAGGAGGAGGAGGUUCAGGCGGAGAUCAGGGCACUGCAGUUGAAGGCACUGGCCCAGCGGAAACGGGUUCGCAAGAAGGAGCGCGAGGCUGCCGGGCGGCUUCGUUCCCGCGUGGCGAUGGGAAUGGAGAACACCGCGGUCGACCUCCCUGACGAGGAGGGGGUGUUCUCGCUGGCAAGCAUCAAGACCGGCGGCGAUCUGGAAUCGAUCCGUGACGUGGACUUGUCGAAGCUGGAAGCCUCUGCCAUGGACGUGACCGUCGACAAUGAAGAGGAAGAGAGUGGCGCAGGGGAUGGUUCCAGCGACGGGGACGAUGACAGCGAUGCUGAUGAUGCCAAGCUGGAAGCCCACCUCGCGGAGGGGUACCUCCGCUUUCUUCAAGCGAAGGACGAAAACCGGCGAAUGGAGGGAACGAGGCUUGCCAAGCGGAAAAAAAAAGCCAAGCCUAGACUCGCGCAAUUGCCACGCUAAAUGUAUCUUGUCCCUUGAAAAAGGUACACGGGACAAUCGAACGGGACGGGCCAGUUUCGCGGAACAACCCACCAAGCAAGCACACUCCCUUCCCCUAGUCCUCACGGGCGACGAUGGAGGAAGUUUUUUUCGUUUGCGACAUUAACCGGCGUCUUCGCCAAGAUCCGACUUUCGGAAGCCUUGCCAGAACACCAACACGCAAGGAGACUUGCGGCGAAGAGCCGCACAUUUGCACAAAGGGAUGAUCAACUCGAUACACCUUGCUUCUGCACAUGGCCAAAGUUUUUAGGGCUCAGCCUGCUUCUGCUGCCAUUUGUGUUUUGGGAAAAUAUGCCGCCGGUUGAGUGGCGUGAGCCGCUCCAGCCCUCAGCAAACACCGUAGGACGGGAGAGAUCUAUAAGGAACAGGUUCACCUUUGAAGGUACGCCUACCAUGAAGUACUACAAGUUUGCCCUUCGGCAAAUUCAAGCCAGUCGCCGUAGACAUUAGCGCCCAAAACAACAUGGAAAGAUGGCGGUAGAAUGUUCCGUGCGAGACGCACUGGCAAGUUAAUGCACGGUGGUCAUGGUACACACACAGCACAAC